AUGGACCUCGUUACGGCGGUUAUAACAGCCAAUAUGCGAACGACUUCAAAGGAACAGAUUGCUACCUAUGACUUCCACAUUACGUGUUACAUGCAACAAGCCCACCAACUCUACCCAGAUGUGUCCAUCAAACCCAUUCAUCACGCUGCCCUUCAUGUCGGGAGGAUGCUAGAGGACUUUGGGCCUGUCCACUCACACAGCUCUCCAUAUUACAAGCGCUAUAUCAAUUUUCUUCAUUGCAUGAACACAAACCGAAAGCCAGGUGGCCAGCUAGAGUCGAUGAUGAUGAUGAUGUCCGCACGUAAUGCCAAUCUCUCUGCCCUUUUGGCAGAUAAUACCGCUCUACGCAAUAAAGUAUCUGAAAUUGUCGACAUUCUGGCCAAGUUCAGCCGAGAGGACACACAGCGUCUUGCUCGUUUUGGCGAGUUUGAGCCUAGUUCAGAGAUUAAAUUAGGUCUCAAGGUAGAACUCGCACGUUUGGACGACUGUUACUAUCAAAAGCUAUGCAGUCAGCUCUCGGCCACUAUGUUAGUCGACCGCAAUCCUUCAUUCUAUGACGAAAUUCUGCUUCAUGGCAUAUCAUACGGUUGUGCUGGUACCUCCAAAAUCCGAAAUAGUCCGGUUGUCUUUCAUCCUGCAGCAACCACUGUCGAUGCAGACACACCUAUACUCGCUGGUGUCGUAGAAAGGGUAUUUCAGUACACCACGCCGCUGUUCACCGGUAUCUUCUUGGGUAUUUGGUCCUUCCAACCAGUCGAUUCGGCCCUUGACCCAUACAGACAAUAUGGAUUUGCUGGAGGUUUCCUGUGCUUCCGGAAUGUUAAUGAUUACCAUGUCAUCCUGCCACCGGCCAUUGUAAGGGCAACCUCAAGAUGGCCGACAGUGCAGGCCUAG